UUUGACCACGUGCUAUCCAACUACCAGGACGAUCUCAAUCUACCGUUCCAUUCCAUCUCAUUCGUCACUGGCCGGUGCGGGCAGAUAAAUGGGUGGGACGGCACCGAAUAGAGCAAAGGAAAAAAAAACAUGCCAUUGGAUCGCCUCUCCCACUCCUUUUUCCUCUUUCUGACCAUCGCCGCUGUCGCCACCGCGGCGUCGUCCCGUCUGCAACCCGACGAACAUGACGACGCUUUGAUCCGGCAGGUGGUGCAGGAUGAUCCGGCCAUCAUCGGUGGAGAAGACGGAGAGCUCUCGGACCUCGACGCGGAGGUCCACUUCUCCAGCUUCAUCAGGCGGUUCGAGAAGACCUACGCACACGCCGAAGAGCGGGCUCUCCGAUUCGCUAUCUUCAAGGCCAACCUGCGGCGGGCGAGGAGGCACCGGAUUCUUGACCCCACCGCUGUCCACGGCGUCACCAAGUUCUCCGAUCUCACUCCUGCCGAGUUCCGCCGCACCUACCUCGGCCUCCGCGGUCGUCGUUCGUCUGUAGCUUCUUCGUCCCACGAGGCGCCGAUCCUUCCCACCAACGACCUUCCAGAAAACUUCGACUGGAGGGAUCACGGCGCAGUCACCCCUGUCAAGAAUCAGGGUUCGUGUGGAUCAUGCUGGUCCUUCAGUGCUGCUGGGGCACUUGAAGGGGCCAACUUUCUGGCGACGGGCAAGUUGGAGAGCCUCAGUGAACAGCAGCUUGUGGACUGCGAUCAUGAGUGUGAUUCCUCUGAACCAGGUUCUUGUGACCAAGGCUGCAAUGGCGGUCUUAUGACUACUGCAUUUGAGUACUUGCAAAAAUCUGGUGGUCUUGAGCGUGAAGAAGAUUAUCCUUAUACGGGGACUGACCGUGGCACUUGCAAAUUUGAUAAAUCAAAGAUUGCUGCUUCAGUCUACAACUUCAGUGUCGUCUCCAUCGAUGAAGAUCAAAUUGCAGCUAACCUUGUGAAACAUGGACCCCUUGCAGUGGGAAUAAAUGCAGUAUUCAUGCAAACAUACAUGCAUGGUGUUUCAUGCCCUUAUGUAUGCGGGAGGCAUUUGGAUCACGGCGUGCUGCUGGUGGGUUAUGGCUCUGCUGGCUAUGCUCCCAUUCGCCUCAAGGAGAAGCCCUACUGGAUCAUUAAAAACUCGUGGGGCGAGAACUGGGGAGAGAAGGGUUACUACAAGAUUUGCAGAGGCAGGAAUAUCUGUGGGGUGGAUUCCAUGGUCUCUACUGUCACUGCUAUUCGCACUGAGUAAGAUUAAAACAUUUCCCUGGCUAUUACAUACAUUCUUGCAAGGGUUAGUAUUCUACAAUUUAUAAAUAUUACGCGCCUGACUAUAUGGAGGAUUUAAGCUUUGUGUGCUUAUGGUAACCCUUUGAACUGGCUUCUAAGCUAAAUAUAACUGAAGACGCAUGUUCAAUUA